GCAUAUUCAAUAUUUAAACAUUUUAUUGCAUUUUAUUUAUAUCGUAACUCAAAAGCGCAUUAUUUCAAUAAAAAACAAGACAUUAUGGGUGAUAAAGCUGAAGUCACCAAGAAAGUGCAAGAGUACAAAGAUACAUUGAUUAAAAAGGCAGAAGAUUUGAUUGUCGUUGGAUUUCCAGCAAAAAUAGUUGAACUGAAUGAUCUUCUCUCAACAAAAUCAUUCGCAGAAAGAAACUUUAAUGAUGUACAUCAAGAUUUGAAUAUCAACGUUCCCGAUCCAAUACCGUUACUGAAUUGUAUUGAAGAUGAUGGACAACCUUCUGCUAAACGCUCUCGAGUCGAGGCUUCCGAUGUUAUUGGCACUAAAGUGAUGAUUCUUCCUUCAGGCUCCGUCAAAUGUAACGCACCCAUUUGCGACAUCAUUAAAGUUGUAAAGCCAGUAAUUCGCGGUCUUGUUGAAGAUUCGAACUUAUUGAAAAUGUGGAUAAGCUUCAUGAUUCCUAAAAUCGAAGACGGCAACAAUUUUGGCGUCUCAAUUCAAGAAGACACAUUAGCCGAGAUUCAAUCAGUUGAAUCUGAAGCUGCAGCAUUUUUUGAUCAGAUAUCCCGGUAUUUUAUAUCACGAGCAAAAUUGGUUUCAAAGGUAGCCAAAUAUCCUCACAUCGAAGACUACCGACGUGCUGUACAAGAAAUGGACGAAAAAGAAUUCCUAAGCUUGUGGUUAGUGUUGAGUGAGGUCAGAAAUCGUUAUUGCUCGUUACAUGACAUUGUAAUGAAGAAUAUGGAAAAAUUGAAGAAGCCCAGAAGCUCGAAUGCUGAACACUUGUACUAAAUUUUCCAACACACAAAACAAUUUUCUGGAAACAACCAGAUACGACAUCUUAAACCAUAAGUUGAUAAUUUUAAACAUUUUUUCUUUAUUCUCUCAACGAUCUUUACAAAUAAACGUUCUUAAAUAUCAAACUUAUUUUAUAUUCUAUGAUUUUAUUUUUUUCCUCUCAAUCUCGCCAAUUGAGUCAUUCUUGC